AUGACCCGCCCAAGACUUCUACUGCCUCAUCAAACAUAUCUUCGAAAGCUUGACACCGUUCGACCACGACCAGCCCUCGAAAGUCUGCCGUACUCGACUGGUGGUUAUGGCGAUGACGAUAACAAGGGUGAUCCUCAAGACAAGAAUCCGGCCUCCCAAGGUGUGAGUCCUCGAACUCGGGAGCUGGAGCACCCAGGACCCUCACCACCGGAUACGAGAUCAGCAGAGUCGAAGUCUUCCGACGCCUCGAAGCCAUCUUCCUCCAAACCAACAAAGGGGGAAGAGAAUAUCCCUCGAUCGUCGAAAGAAGAACUGAACAACGAAAAGAAAAGACAAGGUAAACAAGGUUGA